UUCCCCCCCCCCCCCCCAGUAUUAUGAAUGAGCGUCUGAAAUUAAUUUUCCUCUCGUAACCGGUCAUUUCGUGAAGUCGAGGCGCUCGGCGUGACAAAAACUCCAAAAUGUCUGCGAGCGCCGUUUACGUCUUGGAUUUGAAAGGAAAGGUGCUGGUGUGCCGAAACUACCGCGGCGAUGUGGACAUGUCCGAGAUCGAGCACUUCAUGAGUCUCCUGAUGGACAAGGAGGAGGAGGGGACGCUGUCUCCCAUCCUGGCCCACGGCGGCGUGCGCUUCAUGUGGAUCAAACACAACAACCUCUACUUAGUGGCAACAUCCAAGAAAAAUGCCAGCGUUUCCUUGGUUUUCUCCUUUUUGUACAAAAUUGUCCAGGUUUUUUCCGAGUAUUUCAAAGAACUGGAGGAAGAAAGCAUCCGGGAUAACUUUGUCAUCAUAUACGAGCUGAUGGAUGAGCUGAUGGAUUUUGGCUACCCGCAGACCACUGACAGCAAGAUUCUGCAAGAGUAUAUAACUCAGGAGGGUCACAAACUGGACACGGGCGCCCCUCGCCCACCCGCCACUGUCACCAACGCGGUCUCCUGGCGCUCGGAGGGCAUCAAGUACAGGAAAAACGAAGUCUUCCUGGACGUUAUCGAGUCGGUCAAUCUCCUGGUCAGCGCCAAUGGCAACGUUCUGCGCAGCGAAAUUGUCGGCUCCAUUAAGAUGCGCGUCUUCCUGUCCGGCAUGCCCGAGUUGCGCCUUGGCCUCAACGACAAGGUUCUAUUUGAAAACACUGGACGUGGUAAGAGUAAGUCAGUGGAGCUCGAGGACGUCAAGUUUCACCAGUGCGUCCGCCUGUCUCGCUUUGAGAACGACCGCACCAUCUCCUUCAUCCCCCCCGACGGCGAGUUCGAGCUCAUGUCCUACCGCCUUAACACUCACGUGAAGCCUCUGAUCUGGAUUGAAUCCGUCAUCGAGAAGCACUCUCACAGUCGCAUCGAGUACAUGAUAAAGGCCAAAAGCCAGUUCAAACGGCGCUCCACCGCCAACAACGUGGAGAUCCACAUUCCUGUGCCAACAGACGCUGACUCUCCCAAGUUCAAGACCACGGUUGGCAGCGUCAAGUGGGUUCCAGAAAACAGCGAGAUCGUCUGGUCCAUCAAGUCCUUCCCUGGCGGCAAGGAGUAUCUGAUGCGGGCCCAUUUCGGCCUUCCGAGCGUGGAAGCAGAAGACAAGGAGGGGAAGCCCCCGAUCAGCGUCAAGUUUGAGAUCCCUUACUUCACCACCUCAGGCAUCCAGGUGCGCUACCUGAAGAUCAUCGAGAAGAGCGGCUAUCAGGCUCUGCCAUGGGUGCGCUACAUCACGCAGAAUGGAGAUUACCAGCUCCGCACCCAGUAAGGCAACGCCUCAGCCAGGGCGGGAGGAAGCCGGACGACGGCAGUGGCGGUGGGGGGUGGUGCGGCUAAUGAGCCGUCGUUGGCAGGUGUCAGUCAGGAGACCACAGAGGACUGACUUACUUGUUUUUGAUCAUUUUCCAGUCAACGCAAAUAGACGGAGAGUUCGUACGUCGGGGGAAAGCGCUAAGUUUUCCAGUGUGUGGCCAACUAAAGCAGGAGUCAUGUUUACAUGCAAUGUCAUCAGUAGGUCACAAACAUCACACACCUCUUUGUUGAUUAUUUGUAUGUAUAUAUUUGCUACAUAUCAAUGAGGUCAGUGUUAUUAUUAGUUACAAGUGAGCCAAUCAGUAUGUCUCUUUGUGUUACAGUGCCAUCAGCUUUUCCCCUUUGUCAGCUUUCAAAUGCGCGUAAAAAAAAAGAAAAUCAAACCGUUUAUGUUGCAGUUGGUCGCAUGGCGAUUCCUUAUCUAUAACCCCCUUCUCUAUGUAACCACAUCCUGUAAAAUCAUUAAAUGUAUAUUUAGAGAAAACA